AUGGCCAGUGACGAGCAGCGUCUGGCGCAGUUCAAGGCGCUAAGGCGGAUCGGAGCCGGCCGAUUCGGCGAAGUCUUCCAAGUGCAACACAAGGUAACGGGCGAGCUUUACUGCUGGAAGGUCGUGGCGUACAAGGGACUCACGGAGAAGGAGAAGGAACAGCUCGUGAUGGAGGUGAAUGUAAUGCGGGACCUCAAGCACCCGAACAUCGUGCGCUACGUGGACCGCGUUGUCGACCGGCAGAAGCACCUGCUCUACAUCAUCAUGGAGUACUGCGACUCCGGCGACCUGGCGGAAAACAUGAGGCAGUUCCACAAACACUACGACAAGGUCAACGAGCAGGUCAUCUUCGACAUCGCGCUACAGCUGCUGUUCGCGCUCGCGUACUGCCACAACUCAUCGCUCGGCCCGAAACAGGGCAGGAUUCUACACCGCGACCUGAAGCCUCAGAACAUUUUCCUCCACUCCAACCAUCGCAACAAGACCCGAAACGGAUAUAUAUGCAAGAUCGGUGACUUCGGCCUCUGCCGCAGCAUAGGGCUGGAAUCCUUCGCCCACUCCUGCGUCGGCACGCCGUACUACUGGUGUCCGGAGCUUUUGCUCUCUCACACAAAGAACUACGACGACAAAAUGGACAUGUGGGCGUUGGGAGUUGUGUUGUACGAGCUGUCGUACGGGAAGACGCCGUUUCACAAGGCCACGACGCUCGCCGAGCUGGCCCAGCAGAUGAAGAACGGUGUCCCGCUGCCAUUGCCUGGCCGCAGUCGACAGCUCAACACGCUACUCUACGCGCUGCUUCAGCAGGACCCCGCACGCCGUGCAAGUGCGAUACAGUGUCUGGGAUUAGCUAUAUGGGACGGCCCUGUCUCCGACUGGUUCUGGGACACGGUGAACCCGAGAGACCGCGAGCGGAUUUACGAUAACAUCGUGCGUCGCAACAUGCAGAGGAUACCGCUGUCAUCCCAGCUGUUGGCGGAGUUCGUGGUCUCCGACACAUCGCAUGUCUGCACGCCCAAGCCACGCAGGAUAGGGCGCCUGGACGCUCCGAUCUCCACCGAGUUUGUCGAAUCGGAGGACGAGGCUAGCCAUACUGUGGGUAUUGCUAGCACCCCGUGCAACGAGAUGACCAUGAACGCAAGCUCGAUCACCAACUCCUUGCCCGCUGCGGGAUCGCACCGUGCAGCGGAUAUCGCAUUCAACCACCACAGACGUGUGAACCAAGAUACCCCUGAAGAUUUCGACUGUAUCGAGGCACAUCUGACCCCAUACAACGACGACUAUGAUGCUAUGCGCCGCGCUGAGCGCCGCAGCGACUCAGGUCACCCCGCGCAAGAGGGCCACACGUUGGAGCUGCCCGACAACCCCUUCCGCCGCUCCAUGUCCAAGCCGCAGCCCGAUGGGCCGGGAACCCCGCAUAUGUACGUCCGCACGCCGACCCAAGUGCGUGGCAUGGAGCGCUUUGCCUCGCGCGCGGAGGAAGCCACUGUCUACACGCGAGCUACGGAGGCCUCCCUGUCGGCGGACUCGCAGGCUUCCACGUGCGUCCGGCGCCCCGCUCUUUACCGGCCCAUCUUCGGCAACGGCACGGGGUCGUCGGCCGGCUUUGGAGUUUGCUCACCGCACACACCGCCGACUGAUGUACCACCACCUGCCAGCGGCAGCACCAUCUGUAGCCGCAGAAAGUACCUGAGAGAUAAUAACUUCAGCUAA